GUCUGGUGCGGGCCGGGAGAAGGGCCUGCAUGCUGGGGGAGAGGAAAAAGCAAACAUCAGUCACCCCAAACUCGCCCGCAGCCCUCGGUUUCUCUCCAAGCCUUCCCGCCUUGGAGUAGGCCUAGGGAUAAUCCUGGCUAGGAAGCAGCCUGCGGUUGGUGAGGACAGGACACGUUCCUCUGGGCUCGAGUCCGUGUUUUGCACCUUGCUGGCUUUGAGACCUAGUAAAUUAACGUCUCUGAGGCCUGUGAGGUUUAUUGGUCACACUAACCCUAUCCAUGGCUACCGCGAGAUUUUAAAAGUGUCUUAACACCGGGCAUAGUGGCCCACGUCUAUUACCCCGGCACGCGAGAUGCUGAGGCAGGAGGAUCACGCGCUGCAGACCACCCGGGCCGUGUAGUAAAACUCUGUCUCAAAAACAAACCCUUUUUGAAAAAAGCAUGUGUUUGCAGGUGAUGUAGGUUUGGUUCCAUUUCUCAGUUACAGGGAUGGAAAAGAGGAUGUUGGUGUUGGCUGAGUGGCAGAGCCAAGAAGUGGGUUAAGCUGACGCCUGGGACAUUUUUGUCCGGGUUAUUUCUCUCGAUCACUGUCCCCAAUCCUGUAGAAUCUUGGACUUACUUGGCACUAUCCUCUCAGGACUUGUAUCUUUCUCCCCUUUGUGAGUCCCCUUUCUCUGUCCUGCAAAAGUCAGUCUGUCUUGAGGUCCAGUCUGUUUUCCUAAUGACCGUCCCUUAUAUCAUCCAUGUUGGCCAGAGUCAGUCCCUUGCCUCAGACCUACAUGUACACCUACCUGUUCGGUGAGUUUGACCAAGGCAGCUGGUUUCAUCCGGCUGCCCAACUACACUCCACUUCUGCCUCAAGGGUUGACUCUACUAUCCUAUUGGUCAAGCUGGAAAACCAUUGUUCAAACAUUUUCUUGGCAACUUGAUACUAAUGGUAUGUCAUCUUGACACAAGCUAGGGUUAUUUGGGAAGAGGAACUCCAGUUGAAAAAAAAUGCCCCAAUAAAAUUGGUCUAUAGGCAUGUCUGUGGGGGCAUUUUCUUGAUUAAUGAUUGGUGGGGGAGGGCUCAGGACUCUCCUAUGUGCUCCUGAAGCAAGCUGUGAAUGGACUUGAACUGUGUAACUCAAGCCCGCCAGGAGUAAGCUGAAUCCUUUGUGGAAAAUGUUAGCUCUGAAGCCAAGGAGGGGUGCAAGACAGAGAAGCUCCUGGACUCCUAAUUUCCACCUCUUCCCUUCGAAGCCUCCCGUUUUUUGUCUCUAGUCCAAGGAGUAACAAAGCUGUACUGGUGACCGUAGUGAAGGCCAUACAUCGGAUCCCCAGCCACUUGUCUGUCUAAUGGUCAACAAGACUCAGAAAGAAGACCUGGGCCCACGGCUCCCAGAGAAGAAGAAAAAGAAGAAGAAGAAAAAGAAGGUGGCAAAUGUCUCAGAACCAGAGACUCAGUACUCAGUCUUAAACAAUAAUGAUUACUUCAUAGAUGUUUCUCCUCCAAGGGCUACAUCCCCUUUUAACAAUGUGGGUGAGGUGCAGGUCCCUGAGAUGUCACUGGGCAAGAGAAAGAAGAAAAAAAAGUCCUGUAGCACACACUUGGAUGAGUACCUGAGCAAGGAUGAGCCUACAUGGACAAGACAGAUAAAGUCACCCAGCCCUAGAAGGCAGGUCCUUGAGCAGUCAGCAGAAGGCCUCAUCAGAGAGAAGAAAAAGAAGAGGCGGAAGUCCGUAUCAAAGGCUGCCUCCCAAGGCUCAGGGCUGAAGAUUUCCCCAGACUCCAAGCAUGCCAAGGAGGUAAGCAAAGCUGGUAGGAAGCCUAAAAAGCACAGGAAGGAGAAGAAGCUUCCGGACACGGAAGCUUUUCCUCCCCAGGACUCUUGGAUCCAUGAGGCUGGGGAUGCUUUGCACUCAUGCUUAGAGGGGACAGAGGCCGAAGAGCAGGCGGCCUUGGGGCACAAAAGGAAGCAGGGGAGCCCCAGAGAUCACAGCAUGAAAAAGAAGAAGAAGAAAAAGACUCAUCAGGAGGGAGACCUCCUCCUGGUCAACUCCAAGAUCUCCAUGGAGAACAGCUUGAAGAAAGGGAGUAAGAAGUCAGUCAGAAGUGAAGCGUUGGAUUUCAUCCCGAUAGACAGCCUGAAGGCCCCUGGGAAGAAGAAAGUGAAAUCCAAAAAAAAGGUGGAGCAGCCAGUUGGUGACGGGCUGGCUGUGAAAAGGAAGAAAAAGAAGAGGAGAAAAGAGAGCGGAGUAAAGGAAGACCCCUGGCAGGAGGAAAAAGAGGAGUCAGACACAGACUUGGAGGUGGUACUGGAAAAAAAAGGCAAUAUGGAUGAAGCCUGCAUAGAUCAGGUGAGACGGAAGGCCUUACAAGAAGAGAUUGAUCGUGAGUCUGGCAAGACAGAGGUUUCAGAACCCAAAAAAUGGACGGGAACCCAGUUUGGCCAGUGGGACACUGCCGGCUUUGAAAAUGAAGAACAGAAACUAAAAUUCCUGAAACUUAUGGGCGGCUUUAAGCAUCUAUCCCCGUCAUUCAACCGUCCUCCCAGCAUGACUGUCAGGUCCAACAUGGCCCUGGACAAGAAGUCUUCAGAUAUGCUCCAGCAGAGUCUGCAGCAGGACUAUGACCGGGCCAUGAGCUGGAAGUACAGCCGCGGGGCUGGCCUGGGCUUUAACUCUGAGGCCCGCAAGGUCUUCUACAUUGACCGGAAUGCCUCCAAGUCUAUCAAGUUGCAAGAUUAAAUUUUAUUGUCCUGUUCUUCAAGCUGCAUUUCUUGCUCAGUUUUGCAGUUGGCUUGAACUAGUCAUCUGCAGUUAUUGAGGACCAGUAUGAAUUGUUAAAGCCUAUUUUCUGUUAAACAUUCCACCUCCUUGGGUGACAGUAUUUUAAUAGUAGCUAGCAGUUGUUGACAUGUGAAGGGUCCUGACUAAAAUGUUUUCCUUGCAUUGAUACACUUAAACCUAAUUAUGGAAUGGGUGCUAUUCUCAGCUCUAUCAAGUUCAGGGAUAAAGUAAUAAAACGGCCCAGGGUCACCUUCCGUUAAGUGCCAUGAAGAGUACAUCACCCAGAGAUGAGUGAAGAAAGCAAGUGUCAUGCCAUGACUUCCGAGGGAACCAGCAAGUUUGUUUUCCUUCUCCCUCAUCAGGAGGCAGGUGUGGUGCAGCAGGCAGCUGGCUGAGCUUCCCCUCUGCAGCCAACACACCUCUGAGCUGGCCUCUCUCCAGCUGCCGCCAUCCUCCCAUCUGACUGCUAAGCUUGGACCUGAUGUUGCUGUGUUGGCUGGGUCUCAAACAAGGCAUUUUGGACAGCAGGUGAUCCUGCGUAUGGACCCAUGACAGAUUCUCGGCGGCAUGUUCCGUCUUUGUGUUCACUAGACCGAAGACCUCGUAUACUUAUGUGAUGAAGUCAAAUGUAAGAGUGAAGAAGAAGAUACUUCAUCUGCUGCAGGCACCAUCCUCACCCCUACUAAAAAUCACAGCAAUCUUCAUGGAGUUCCAGAUACAGAGAUCCACGUGGCAUGAUUUUCUCUUCCACCAGCUUUUGGCAGUCUGGUAUCAAGGUUCAGAUAAGGAUAUUUUCCUAUGUCUUGGCCUGAUCUCUCACGAACAGAAUCACUGGCUGGGGCUGGGGUGGUGAUGGAGGGGGUCAGGAUGUUUCUCCUUCUGAACUACCAUCAGUGAUGGUAUCCUCACACUGCUAGGAAGAUGAGAGGCAAUUCCAGGCAUUCCAGAGAUGGGAGAAAACUCUUAACCAAAGAAACUUCUGGCAGUCCUUCAGGAAACCUUUUAUGGCUUCAUUCAACUCUGUAGUUGUUCUGUAUCAGCCUCCGGGGUAAGGAGAUGCCCCUCAGGCCAGCCAAGGAGAGGGUGAGGUGUGCAGUACUGCCAAAUGGGCAGCAGAGGUGAUGCUGUGCCUGCGGAAACUGCCUCCACACCACCCUGUUCCCUGACCUGUAGAUGUGGGCCAUAUUGCAAAGACCUAUUUAAGCCACUUUCCUGGGAUGAACUUGGUCCUUCGUAAAUUCUUCCUCAAGAUUCAGAAAAGACCACCUCUAGUCUCAGGUGGCAGAAUUCUGCAUUUGAGUCAAUGUCUAGACAAAUCUCCCCUGGCCUUGGUGAACCCUGGGAACCAGCUGGGUAACUCCCAACAGUUUGUGUUCCCCAGAGGUCACACUCCAGUCUGAGCAUACCUUUGCUCAUCAGAAAGUUGCACAUGGCCAUGUGGUAGAUGGUUUCCCAUCUUAUGCCACAUACACCUUGGAAACUUAUCAAAGUGUGAGAGCCAGAUCUUUUUCUUAGUGUUACACAGAUCUCAGUGCUAAAGGACUUCAUUUUGUAGCUUGGUACCUCAGCAUUGACUUAGGUGUUCCAUUUACUCACUCUUCUCUCUAAGUAAGAAUUGAAGUCUGUAAGCAAAGACAGCCAUAGGGUCCCCUCAAGAGUGAGUUCAGCCUUGUCUCUGCUUCUCACAGUGUGGGGCACUUAAUGCCCGUGCUUCUGUUAACCAGGCUCCAGUCCUACCCCCUUUUUCCAUGUCUUGUACCUUCCCCAGAACCCUGCAAUCUUCUGCCUGGUGUAGUCCUCUCCAAGGUACUGAUCACCUGAUCAGUGAUCCAACACAGUCUUGAACUUGGUUGUUCUCUCAGGCAUUUCUUACCAGCUUGGUGACACUCCGUAGCAAUAUCCUUCUCCAACAGUCAAAUCUCAUGGUUCCUUCCACUUUGUUUUUGAGCUGAUUUCUGUGCUGUAUCCACUGGGCCCCUGAGGCUACCUUGUAAAACCAUACUAACCUGUCAGAAGUCUCUCCUAAUGAGAAGCAGUUGUCCCCUGCUCUUAGUACUACUUGGAUCAUGGCAGGCAGGACACAUGGACACACUCAGCAGAAGGGGAAUUAAAAAUCACUGAUCACAUGAUUUUUAUUAUUAUUUUUUUUUUUAACUUUUUUGGUUUUUCAAGACAGGGUUUCUUUGUGUACCCCUGAAGACCAUGCUAGCCUUAAAACUCAGAUCCACCCAUCUCUGCCUCCGGAGUGCUGGGAUUAAAGUUGUGCACCACUGCAUGGCUUCAAGCCACCACUGGCUAUCAGAUGAAUUUGAAAUAAGAUCCUUGAUUACCUGAGUAGGUUCUUCAUAAAAUUCCUUAACUGGUAGGUAGCAGGAGUUAGUGUGGAAGAGGCUUGGAAGCCACCACAGUCACUGGGGAAGGAAAAGGCCACAAGCCAAGAACACAGGCAGCCUUCAGAAGCCAUGCAGCAUUUCUUUCCACCAAGUGCCCACAAAAGAACUUAGUCACGGCAACACCUUGACCUAGCCCAGAGAAGCCAGUGAGUUCUGACCAACAGCUGUCAGUAAGACCACAGGAAGUCACUGCUUGAAAUUUGUUACAGCAACAAGGACCAGGAAUGACUGACAGACAAGCAUCCUGUUUUUUACUUCCUAAGUCUCUUCACACAUCCUUCCCAACACCAACAGGUGCUGUUUGUGGAGGUGGCCUGUCAAUAACACUGCUGGUCAGCAGGUUAGUUCAGGAGCCCUGUGGUGUGUGUGCCUAAUGUGAGGCUAAGCCGAGGUUAACACAGAAGCACUGGGAAUUCUCUAGGUCAAUGUAAAGCACUAAUGCUAUUCAACGUGGGCAGCCUUGAGGCAAGAGAAUAACUUACAAAGAAUUAUUUGUGAAUUUGCCAGUUAUUUUUCAAAGAAUUAACACCAUAAUGAAAGUGACAUAAGAUAAUUAUAGUGGAAAGUUUUGUGAAAUAAAGGCCACUUGGGAGUAUCUGAACAGCAGCAUAGUGCAUUCUGGGUUCUGGCAUGUUUGUUCACAGCAGAGGAAAGGCAUUCUUUAAUACCUGGUUUUUGUUUUUGAGACUAGGGCUCAUAUAUCCCAGACUAGCUUCAAACAUGUAACUGGGGACCUUGAACAGAUCCAAUCCUGUCUCUACCUCCUAACUACUGGGAUUAUGGGUCUGUGUCAUGGCACUGUUUUAUAUGGGGCCUUGUGUCUGCCAGGCAAGCAUUCCACUAACUGAGCCAUAUCCUUAGCCUCAUCUAUUCAGUUUUGGUUUUGUUUUUAAGAAAUUUUAUUCAGUUCCUUGGGCUGGAGGGUACUGUCUUCAGAUUGGUCCCAAAUGUAUGUACAGCAAUAACCUUGGUCUUAAACUAAUAAAGACAUGUACACAUAAAUAUAUAUGACUUUAACUUCUUUCUGAGGUUAGUCAUGUAUUGUGUUUCAGAAUGAAGAUAAAUAAAAUCGAUACCUAAAGCA